GAACGAUUUUAAAAUGGGUGAUGUUGAAAAGGGCAAGAAGAUUUUUGUUCAGAAGUGUGCCCAGUGCCAUACUGUGGAAAAGGGAGGGAAGCACAAGACUGGGCCAAACCUCCAUGGUCUGUUUGGACGAAAGACAGGUCAGGCUGCUGGAUUCUCUUACACAGAUGCCAACAAAAACAAAGGUAUCACCUGGGGAGAGGAGACGCUGAUGGAGUACUUGGAGAAUCCCAAGAACUACAUCCCUGGAACCAAGAUGAUCUUUGCUGGCAUUAAGAAGAAGGGAGAGAGGGAGGACUUGAUAGCUUAUCUCAAAAAAGCUACCAAUGAGUAA